AUGCCGUGCACCACGAGGACCUGGACCCGGAUCGCCCAGAAGAGGGAGAAGCCCACCAGCUGCGCCGGCCACCAGUCGGCCCGCCCAACCGAGCUUCGCAGCGCCCCCGAGCGGCCGAACGACCCCCAUCGGCGGAAAGGCCGCCUGCCCCCAAGUGCGCCAGUUGCGGGGGCCCCCACGACCGGCGGGACUGCCAAUACAGGACCUGGGACUGCCGGAGCUGCGGAAAGACCGGGCACACCGUUUACGAUCGCCACCGACCACAAACCGCUCUUGGGUCUCCUAGCGCCGGACCGCCAGAUCCCCCAAAUUCUGUCCCAGAGGGUACUGAGGUGGAACCAGUUCCUGAACUCCUACAUGUACACUCUGGUCCACCGGGCGGGCAAAUCCAUGGGCCACGCAGACGCCCUCACAUCCACAUCCUCAGCCUCCGCCAUCCGGGCCCUACGCAGGGCAUUAUGCACCCACGGCAUCCCGGACACCAUCGUCUCGGAUAACGGGGCGGCGUUUACCUCGGGGGAAUUCCAGGCGGGCCCCGAGUGGGUGGUGGGACGAGUACUGAGGGUCACGGGUUCCCACCACUACGACAUAUCCACAGAGGGGGGCCAGGUAGUAAGGCGGCACAUUGACCAAAUACGCCGCCGCACAAUACCGGAGGAACCAGUGGGGUUGGAAGAAGGGGAACCCAGGGAGGAGCCGCCCAGGGCUCAACCGGAGGACGCAUCCCCUCCAUCAAAUAUCCCGACACAGGAAGCGGCCGGGCCGGCAGCGACCGAUAGACCGGCAGAACCGGACCAGCAGCUGCAGCCGACGCCACCGCCAACGGAACCACCGACAGCCGGAGCCCCCCCGGAAACCCUACGCCGGUCCACCAGGGAACGGCGACCUCCAGCUUAUCUUCAAGACUAUGUGCAUUCACUAGGAGGGGAGGGGUGUAGUGUAUCGGCAGCGCGUCAGGCCUUGCGCGACGGCGACCAGAGACCAAGUUCUCCGCAUCAGACCAGAGAAUGGAGAACACCUCCGCGCACUGAGGGAGCUGGGGAAAGGGGAGAUUUGCAGCUCGACUUCUGGCGUGGUCCAGCUAAGCCCGGUCUCCCGGUGGACAUGAGAGUGCCUUUCCAGACUCUUCAAUCUGUCAAGGUCUUCUUGGAGUCUGAGGACAUCCCCUAUACCAUCAUGAUAGAGGAUCUACAGGUAUUGCUGGAUAACGAAAAGAAAACAAUGUUGCUGUCCAGGAAGUCUGAAAGGAGCUCUGGGAAAUUCAUCUACUCUUCCUACCACACCAUUCAGGAGAUCUACAGCUGGAUGGAGGAUUUUGUGGCUGCAAACCGGGACCUAGUCAGCCGACUCCUGAUUGGACGGAGCUACGAAGGACGGCCAAUCUACGUCCUCAAGUUCAGCACAGGAGGAGACCGGCGCCCCGCCAUCUGGAUCGACACCGGCAUUCACUCCCGAGAGUGGAUUACCCAAGCCACAGGGCUCUGGACAGCCAACAAGAUUGCCAGCGAAUAUGGCAAAGAUGCUGCACUAACUGCUGUGCUGAAUUCCAUGGACAUCUUUUUGGAGAUUGUCACCAAUCCGGACGGCUUUGCUUACACUCACACUACGAAUCGCAUGUGGCGAAAGACCAGAUCUGUCAAUGCUGGAUCGUCUUGCAUUGGCGUCGAUCCCAACCGGAACUGGGAUGCUGGCUUUGGAGGCCCCGGAUCCAGCAGUAAUCCUUGUGAUGAAACAUACCAUGGGCCCUUCCCUCACUCAGAGAGCGAAGUGAAAUCCAUCGUGAACUUCAUCCUAGGCCACGGAAACGUGAAAUCCGUGCUGUCCAUCCACAGCUAUUCCCAGAUGUUGAUGUACCCCUAUGGCUACAAGGCAGAACCGGCCGCUGACCAGCAGGAAUUGAAUAACUUGGCUCGGAAGGCUGUUUCGGCUUUGGCGGACGUCUACGGCACGGCGUACACUUUCGGCAGCACGAUCGACACCAUCUAUCGAGCUGACGGGACGACCAUUGACUGGAGCUAUGAAAACGGGGUCAAAUACUCCUACACGUUCGAACUGAGGGACACGGGCCGCUACGGCUUUGUCCUACCUGCGGAUCAGAUCAUCCCAACGGCGGAAGAAACUUGGGUGGCUCUCCUGAAGAUCUUGGAACACGUCCGGGACCAUUCUUUCUAACCAAGCAGGGACUCGGGGAGAGCGAUCGACAUAAAUUUGCCAGUCACCACGGGAUAAUAAACAAAAAGGACCAGGGUGUGGAGGUUAGAACUGUUACAGCAAAAUCGCCCCGUGUCCUAUUAAAUACUCCGUAUAACUGUUCUUUAUGAUGUCUAUCUAGUAAAGUCUGUGAAAAAUCCUGCUA